GCCAGGUCAAGCUUAUAUUUCAAAAAGAGAGAAGCGCAGAGUCGCAGCACAAAAAUAAAAAUGGCGGGAAACGAAGAGCCAAAGCAAAUUUCACAACCGUCACCAUCUUCUUCCUCUUCUUCGAAAGCGAAGAUAGAAGAAGAAGAACUGCAGCAACAGCAACAGCAACAAGCUAAAGAGAUAUGCUGGAGAAAGCAAGUGGACCAGAACCUCAAGCGCCUCCACCCGCUCCUCUUCGGCGCCGAGCUCGCCCUCGACCGCCGCGACUUCUCGGCGGCUCUGAUCCUCGGUCUCCGCCUCCUCGGCUUCCUCGACUCCCAGUCUCAAUCCGAAGUCGACCAGGCCUUCAUCUACCCAAUUCGCCGCGAAGUCGCCGCCAAGAUCAACGCCGCUCGCCACUCACUCGCUCCUGACUCCGAUCGCCGAGCAUUUGAGCAAGCAAAGAAAGCUCCAGGUUGUGUUUUUGGAACAAGAGGAGAGAUUGAUAUAGGGAGGAUUAAACAAUCCAAGUACUUUCAAGCUCUUCUUCAGCAGUCCAAUAUUAAAGCGGAGAAUGAAUUGGGAGGUCAAAUAGAGAAGCAUGACAGGUUGAGUAACCAGGCUUCAAAAGUUAUGACACAAGCAAAAUUGACAUCCAACAUGACAAGGGCUAGUAAUGGCUUAAACAAGGGGUUUUGGAGUUCCAAAAGCAACAACUCCGAUGACUGCAUUAUUGUGGAAAAACCUCGCUCACAUAACAACCAAGUAAAAGGUCAUGGUGUCUCAUCUUUUCCAAAAGUUGAAGACGAAGACAGAGCUUAUGGAAGUGCUGCAGGGGCAAAACGGGCACACAUCGAAAUCAGUAGCCCCAGGAUAGAUAAUGCAAAGUCACCGUCUAGCAAUGAAGAAGCCAAUGCUGAUGCUUCUGGCAAUGGGUUUGUUACUGCUCGAGCAAAAUUGGAAAUGGAUGCGAGGCAAAGACGGGGUUUGGCAGGAUCACCAAGUGCUUCUGUCUCCCCACAAAGUGAUAACAAUUGUGCCAAUAGGGGUUAUGGUGUGAAAUCAUAUGGUGUUUCACGCCGUGGUGUCCGCGGUGGUUUUAUUCCCCCUAUCAAAUCCAAUGGGGGCAAUGUUGGGAAUGUGACUUCACGAAUCGGUGGAAAGUGCGAUGAUGCAUUAGAUGACUCAACAAAGAGAUGUUUAGAUAUGCUAUGUGGUCCUGAUGGUGAGCUUCCUGAAAAAUUAAGGAAUCUGGAACCUCGUCUUAUUGAACAUAUUAGUAAUGAGAUCAUGGACAGGGAUCCCAAUGUUCGAUGGGAUGAUAUUGCUGGUUUGGAUCAUGCUAAAAAAUGUGUGACUGAGAUGGUCAUAUGGCCUCUCUUACGUCCUGACAUAUUUAAAGGUUGUCGUUCUCCUGGAAAAGGUCUUCUUCUUUUUGGUCCACCUGGAACUGGAAAAACAAUGAUUGGGAAAGCCAUAGCUGGAGAGGCGAAAGCAACCUUUUUCUACAUAUCUGCCAGCUCAUUAACAAGCAAGUGGAUUGGCGAGGGUGAAAAGCUAGUGAGGGCUCUUUUUGGGGUUGCCUGUUGUCGUCAGCCAGCUGUGAUUUUUGUUGAUGAAAUUGAUUCACUUCUUUCUCAGGUAAGUUUUCCAAGCAGCAAGGGUUCUGACAGAAUGAGAUGGACAUUAACUAGUGAUGGCGAAUUUGAUGUUAGCUCAUAUUUAGAGGCUUUAAGAGGCACAAGGGAAAUGUUUUUCCCUUGGAAAAGUAUUUGGUGUGCUAAGGCAACAAAAAGGAUAUCCUUCUUUGUGUGGACAGCAGCUUGGGGAAAGAUUCCAACUGGUGACCAUCUUAUUAAGUGAGGGAUUAGUUUAAUAAAUCGAUGUUGCAGGUAAACGUAGCGGUGAGAAUGUUGAUCAUCAGUUGUUGCAUUAUGAUAUUGCUCGUGAAAUGUGGACUUUGACCUUUUCAGUUUUCAGAGUACAAUGGGUAAUGCCCAAGAGUGUAGUAGAACUACUUUCUGGAUAGAACUUAGCUUGUUUAUGUCUUUUAUGGCCUUUGUGGAAGGAAAGGAACCAGUAUACUUUUGAGGAUGUAGAUGCCUUCAUUAUUCAGCUAAAUCAUCUUUCCUAAGAACUUUGUUGGAUUAGUAUUGUGAUUUGGAUCACAGUGAGAUAUAUUCCGUUGUAGAUUAUUGCUAUCACUUGUUGUGUCUCUUUAGGACUGCUUUGUUACUCUUUUGUAAGUAAGUUCCUUUUUUCAAUAAAAUAUCAUUACUUAUCAAUUUAUUUAUUUAUUUACUUACUUAUUUUUUUAUAGAAAAGAAAGAAAGAAAAACUCGAGGAUUAUACUUUGUGGUUUGCUGAAUGACCAGUACAAGUUUAUGAUUGCAUUAGUUGCUAUUCCUUUCUGGUAAUUACAUUUCAUUGGCAAAUUUGGUGUGG